AUGGCGGCACCCAGGGCAGCGGAAUCCCCGAAUCGGAGCUGGCCAAGCGCGGGGACCGAUGCCCCGCUCGAGAUUGUAGCUCCCACCUGGUCAGAGAUAGCGGGCGAACCCCCGAUCCCCGAGUGGGCCAGCGUGGUGGUGGAGAACCCUGCGCCCAGCCCGAGCCGGCCACCCGCCUGCCGCGGUAUCUCCUGGACGCCGGCCGAGACUAACGCGCUGAUUGCGGUGUGGGGUGACGAGCGACUGCAGGAUGUGCUGGAGGGCAACCUGCGCAAUUCGCACAUCUUCGACAGGAUAUCGCAGGCCCUUCGCGAAAUGGGUUACGAGAGAAGCGCCAACCAGUGCAAGGAGCGUAUCAAGACUCUAAAGAGGUGUUAUAGUCGAGUCAAGGAACGAGGUCGUGGUAAGAGAACCUGUAACUAUACAUUUCAGCAGCUGGAGCAGGUGUUUGGACGCAUGCCUGUUGUGUGGGAGCAACAUGCCUAUCAGCCUGUUCUUAUUGACAGCAGUGGACUCUACCAAGAUACAAAACCGAGCACCGUUAAUCUAGAAGAAAGCCAGGGAGUGCAGCCGACUGAACUGGAAGAUUGGGGAAACCAAAAACAAGACUUGUUCAUCAAGCAGGAGCUGCUUAUGAAUCAGAAACAGGAACUACAGGUCUACCAGGAUCUGUCUGUAUACCAGGAUGCAGAUGAGGAUGUGGAAGAAAUGGGUUUUGUAAAGAAGAAACCACCUGCAUGGCGCAAUUCCACCGAAAACAUGCAGAAACCAGAGAUUCUGCAAGCCCUUAUGGCACUGUUGGACUCAGUCCACUCAAGGUGGCAAGAUUUCCAGAGUUAUGAUGAUCUCAGCAGUAUGUACUUUGCAAAUAAACUUGGUAUCUUCGCUAUUGGUUAUAAUACGAGAUGGGUUGAGGACAUACGAUAUCAUUAUGCAGAAAUCAGCUCACAGGUGCCGGUUGGAAAGAGACUGAAGGAAUAUUUAAAUCCAGAUAAACCAGAAGGCAAAGUGAUCGCUGUUAAGCGACAAAAAAUGAACUGGAAGAAAGUCUAUUAUAAGCUAUUUGAGAUCACAAAAAGUGAGGCACGAUGUCUUGAGCUACACUUUGGUUUUGAUUGGAUACCUAUCGCACUUUCCCGUGCAGCCAGUGACAACAUUGUACAGUAUUUGCUUCCGGGUGGGAUCCCGGAUUCCAAUGGCCUGUACGUAAUUGGUUGUGAAGAGGCAGAAGGUGAGGAUCUUUCCCCACGGCGAGAUUACGGCAUUAGGGUGCCUCUGCAGAAGGUUUCUAGUGGCAGUACAGCAGGACCGUCGCUUUUGGAAAAUGAAGUUAGUGAUGCUAGUGAUGUAAAGUCAAAAAUUCGUUACUGUUAUCUAGGUGUUGCAGAGGAGAAAACCAUUCAUCAGUGCAUACUGCAACACUUUCAAUCACCAGUCAAGAUGCUGCACAUGAAGACAUAUUCAAUUAACAACUUCCUCUCUGAAAACUGCCGAGCAGGAGCCAUCUGUAGAUCUAUUUACAUCAAAUUUAUAGAAGUAGAGAAAGAAUAUCUCUCUGCAGGCUGUGUGCAAGAGUGUUUGGAAAAAGUCAUGGGAUAUCCUUUAUGGUUCACAAAGUAA